CUGCACUACGGGACCCUCCUGGGCAGCAGAGCUUGUGCCCACAUGGCAGCAGCUGCCUGGGCCAGUGGCUUUCUCAAUGCUCUGCUGCACACAGCCAAUACAUUUUCCCUGCCCCCGUGCAAGGGCAAUGCCCUGGGCCAGUUCUUCUGUGAAAUCCCACACAUCCUCAAGCUCUCCUGCUACCAGUCUGACCUCAGGGAAGUUUGGCUUAUCAUGAUUAGUGUCUGUUUAUCAUUUGGGUGUUUUGUGUUCAUUGUUUUCUCCUAUGUGCAGAUCUUCAGGGCCGUACUGAGGAUUCCCUCUGAGCAGGGACAGAACAAAGCCUUUUCCACCUGCCUCCCUCACCUGGCUGUGGUCUCCCUGUUUGUCAGCACUGGUAUAUUUACCUACCUGAAGCCCCCCUCCAUCUCCUCCCCAUCCCUGGAUCUGGCAGUUUCAGUUCUGUACUCGGUGGCGCCUCCAGCCCUGAACCCCCUCAUCUACAGCCUGAGGAACCAGGAGAUCAAGGAUGACCUGAGGAAAAUCAUCAUGAAUGCUUUUCAGAAGCAAUAAACUCUUAUUCUCCUUUAUAGCUCUUUUGAUGUUACUCAUU